AUGGAGUCUCCGCCGAAUUGGGACGAGGGGCAGGAGCGCUGGCCGCCUCAGGUAGAGGAAGCAAAGAGGGGCCGUUUGUUGCCGGUUCCCAUUGAGCAGUUGUUUUCGGUGGAUUUCAAUGACCCGUGCGUCAUCACGACAGCAAUAACUUUGGGUUAUCAGACAGACUUGCCGGCGGAUACAGGGUACGGAAAGAAGAAGACCCUCAUCAAGCUGUCGGACGAGACGGCGUCGGUGAUUGUAGGAAGGAAUGGUCGAACGAAGCAGAAAAUAGCGGCGGUAUCGGGCGCCAGACUGACGUUGAACGACGAGUUGCUGCUUGACAUCAGUGGCACGCACUCAGAGCGUGACCGAGCGGAAUUUUACAUGAAGAUGAUUUUGAGACAGAGACAAGGCGGCAGCCUGUUUGUGGACUUCGAUGAGUCUUGCAGACCCGACCUCAGUGUCAUGCAUCUCAAGCCUUCUUGGAUUACCGGCUGCGGACUGGUGCUUAAGCAACUGGAAGAUAGAACGAACACACUCUUAUUUUUCGCACGACCAUAUCAAGGCAAAAGUAGGACCAAGGAAGUCGUCCCGAUCAACCAAACAAAGGAUGAAGAUAUGGUCUACGAUCGCUUUACCUCUAGCGAUGGCGGUUCGGCCACCAAGGAUCGACUAGAUGACAAAGGUAGAUUACCAGCCCGCAGAACACAUCGAGGAGGUGUUCAUCUCGGCGCCAGCGGCUGCGGAGAUGAGACGGAACGCGGCCCGCGAGGCAGUCCUUCGUCGGACAAGCCCAUAGAAAUAAAAGGAGAGCUAUUUGACGAUGUCCCCAGUGGCGCGUCUUUUUCAAGACGCGAAGGUUCUCGUGGUGGGGAAACUUCUCGUAGUGGUGAAGCUGCUCGAAUUGGUGGAGAUGGCACAAAAGACCUUCCGGAUCGCUUUGUUACAGAUCGUCCCCUUGUGGAUCGUCCCCUUGUGGAUCGUCCCCUUGUGGAUCGUCCCCUUGUGGAUCGUCCUCUUGUGGAUCGUCCUCUUGUGGAUCGUCCUCUUGUGGAUCGUCCUCUUGCGGAUCGACCUCUUGCGGAUCGUCCGGUUGCGGAUCGUCCGGUUGCGGAUCGUCCUCUUGCGGAGCGUCCGGGGGCCAGUGGGUCUCGAGGGGGAUCUCGACGACGUGGGGCUCGAGAAGCGGACGACGAGAGGGCACGGACAGAGGAGAAGGACGAGGCGUCGCCUUCCGUUCCCGCGGGGAAGAGGCGUCGUCGCUUAAGUAGUGGGGAAGAGGAUGCUGAGAUGCUAUUGAUUUUUGGUGACAUGAGAAGUCGUCGAUUGGCUCAGUUGCAGAUUAUGUCGGCGGUGGAGUUGCGAUUUCCCAGUCUGUUCUCAGAUAAGUACACGGAUCAUGUGUCAAAGAACAAGGUGUUCAGUACAGAUCGAUUGACGUUGCCACAGGCGGACUUGAAGUAUGCAAAUGGAAAGGAUGGUAGUACUCGACGGAAGAUAAGCAAGGCCGCUAAUUGCUUAAUGGAGUUUGUGGGGAAUGUCGUGUUCAUAGCGGGCACGCCUACUGAAGUCUCAAGGGGGCGGGACUAUCUCUUGUGGUUGAUCAAGCAGCGACGUGGCGGCGUGCAUGUAGACAUCCGGGGGCGUUCUGAUGUCAUAACAGUCUCCGUCCCGGCAGAUAUCCUCACCAAUGCCUUAAGCGCACGGCCUCAUGGACUGCGCAGCAUUGAAGCCGACACUGAUACAUACUGUAUCAUUGACUCCGAGCGCACACGUGAAGGACACAUGGCUCCUAUCAAAAUCCCAGCCAUUACAAUUACCAACCCCCCGCUCACUACCGGGGAGAAGAAGGCCCUCCAAGAGAAGGCCCUCCAAGAGAAGGCCCUCCAAGAGAAGGCCCUCCAAGAGGCGGGAUUCUCAACGGAGAACGCCCACGACCAAAGGAGCAGUGGCCAUACUAAUGUAGCCGUCUAG